GCUGCACGUGGAAGAGGGAGGAGUCCUCGCUGGAGCGUGGGUGGGGGGAGGGAGCAAGGCUGUCGGGGUCACAGGUGGCCUGUCUCCCUGUCCUACUGUGUGGUACAGUCAUCGCUUCCUGUGCCGUCACAUGGAAAAGGUACAAUGUGGUGGUGUAAUCCCACGGGGCCACUGCGUGUACGUGGCCCAGCCUUGGCUGGCCGUGAACGUAGCUCUUUCCGGAGGGGCUGUGCUUUGUCUUCCCUGUGCUGUGUGUCCGGAGGGUGACGUGACGGGUCAGUGUAAUUCCCGUGGCUUCAGGACACCAGGUACAUGCUCUGCUGAUAACUUUCCUUUUUGGAUCCUCGCUUGUAGGCCCGAGAAGGAAGGAUAGUGGAGCUGGAGACCGAGAAUGCUGUUCUGCAUCUGAAGCUGGCAGAGGUAGGACUUUGUAACCGUCUGGUGGAUUUAGUUGAAUUAUAUCCCGUGUAGGGACUGUGUGGAGUCGGUUUUGAGCUCUUGGGGAAGAAGUAAGUUGAGGUGACUGUUCCUCCUUCUCCUUGUUCCGCCUGCGGAGGUGCUGGGAGCCCCGCAGUUGGCGUGCGCUGUCUUCCUACGCUGGAGCAGGGUGAGUUCCAGAUUCCUGUCUCUCUCUUGUGCUCACAGUGCUUAACAUUUAAUGGGAGAUAAAUUAAUGAGUAAGAAAUAAAUUACCUGUGCUUUAAAAAAAAAAACCAGCUUUAUUGAGGUAUAGUUUAUGUACCAUAAAUUCGCCCAUUUUAAGUGUACGAGUCAAUGCUUAGUGACUUUACAGUUGUGCAGCUGCCUUGGUCCAUUUGUGCUGUUGUAACAAAUGGCCCAGACUGAGUAAUUGAUGAAGAACGGAGACUUCUUGCUCCCAGUGCUGGAGGCUGGAAGCCCAAGACCGAGGUGCCGACCGGUCGGUGUCUGGCGAGGCCCUUCUGCCCCGCCCGUGGUCCUAUCCAGGCUCUGUCAGCUGGCGGAACAGCCGGGGACCCCAAAGGGCCUGGGAGGGCCCCCUGCAGCCCUUGCGUGUGGCACUAACCGGUUCCCCAAGGUCCCCGCCUCGUGACAACACCACGGUGGGCUGAACUGGAGGGGACACACUCGAACCAGAGCAGCCACCACCGCCAUAGUGCAGUGGUUGGCAUCCCCGUCACCCCGAGAGACCGCCUGCCAGUUUGUGCUCACCCCCUUUCCCGCGGCGGCGCCGGGAGACCAGCUUCUGGGAGGUCGGCGGAUUUGGCCGUGGGAGAUGAACCCUCGAGGGCUUCAGUGAUCCUGCACCUGUCAUCGCGUCACUGCACCAAACCAAAGUCCUUCAAGCAGCUCUGCCGUCCUUUCUUGCGGGUUUGUUCUUAACAUUUCAGAGAACGGGGACACACAGCACUUCCCUGGGCGGAUGCUGAUUCAUGUUGUUCCCACAGAAUUUGCCGUUGCCCCUGUGGCCGGCUGGGAAGGGGCCCGGCACAGCCAUAGGUCCUGACCGCGGGCCCGGCCGAGCCCCUGUGUGGAAGUCGGCCUUUUGUGGAUGUGAUUGACGGGAAGGCCCCGGGCUGUCUGGUGGAUUCCGCCCUAAAGGCUGCACGAGGGCCCCCAGGCGAGGGCGGCCGAGGGGAUUGGACGCGUGUGAGGAGACAGUGAUGCAGGGAUGGAGGGGGACGGAGAGGCAGACGCGGGGCUCGAGGACCAGGCACACAACCGCCAGCCAAGCAACGCCGGCAUCCGUGGGAACCUCCCCGAGCCCUCAGCGGGAGCAGGCCCUGCGACACCUGCCUCCAGAGCUGCGAGACGGUGGAUUUCCGUUGUUUUUCACAUCCUCCAGUGUCAAGAGAGGAUCGGAGAGAAUCGCAGCGAGGCCACGCGCUCUCUGGCCGGUGACGGCCGGCAGCAGCCGCUGCGGAGGAGUUGGUGUCCGGCCCUAAACCAGCUCUGUCAGGGAGUUCGGAGACUUAAAGAGGACCUAAAGGAGUUUCAUGCUUCUUCUCUGGUGCUUCUGAGGAGUUGCCAGGCUGAGUGUGAGGCCUGUGUUUCUGCCGUGGCCACCACGGCUGGGAGAACGAGGCUGGACGCGGAGGCUCUGCAGGCGUGUCAGGCCACGGCAGCCCGUCUGGAGCAGUCCCUGCAGGAGAGCAGAGCGCGCUACCGAGCGGAGAGGCAGAGAAGGAGGCUCCUCCACAACACGCUGGUGGAACUGCGCGGAAACCUGCGGGUGCACUGUCGGAUUCGCCCUUUGCUGCCUCUGGAUAACGAAUCCGGUGACGCGGUUUCCCAGAGCAGCGCCGUCUCUGCAGAAGUGGUUCGUGCAGUUGAUGAUGAAACAGUCCUGGUGAAAUGCAAUCGUCCUGGUCACCCUCCCAUUAAUAAGAUGUAUAAUUUUGACAGAGUUUACGGUCCAGCAGAGUCUCAGAGCGUGGUAUUUGGAGAUGUGUGCCCCCUCCUCACGUCUCUGUUAGACGGGUACAACGUCUGUAUCAUGGCGUACGGACAGACGGGCAGUGGCAAGAGCUAUACCAUGUUGGGGCCACAUUCGAAGGGCGGAGAGUCCCACAGUGACGUGGGAAUCGUCCCCAGAGCUGUGGAGGAGCUCUUCAGGCUUAUUUCAGAAAACCCACCAAGCCCAGAGGUUGAGGUUUCCAUAGUGGAAGUUUAUAACAACGACAUUGUUGACCUUCUGGCCAAAGACAGCCCAGCAGUGACGUCCGGGGCCAAGCGUGAGGUGACAGCAGCUGGGGACACAAGAAAGGAAGCCGCUCCCCCGACCUGCGAGGCAGUGGGCAGUGCCUCGGAACUCCUGCGGCUGGUGCGUGGGGGUCUGCGGCGCAGGGCGAGGCUCCCCACCCUCGUGCACAGGGAUUCAUCCAGGUCUCACCUGAUCGUAACGGUGACGGUGACCACAGCCCUCAGCCCCGACAGCACCGACCCUCCGACGGGGGCAGGAAGGAGGAGCAGCGUGUGUGGCCCAGCCCGGCCCCCGCGGCCCCCAGGACGGGCGGAGCAGGCGAGCGCCAGGCUGCAGCUGGUGGAUCUGGCCGGCAGCGAGUGCGCAGGCGUGUCCGGGGCCACCGGGCCGGCCCUGAGGGAGACCUCCUGGAUCAACCGCAGCCUCGCGGCCCUCGCAGACGUCCUGGGCGCCUUGUCGGAGCACCGCGGCCACGUCCCCUACCGGAACAGCAGGCUCACCCACCUCCUCCAGGACUCCAUCGGAGGUGACGCAAAGUUCCUGGUGCUCCUGUGCGUGUCCCCCAGCCAGAAGCACGUGGCACAGACGCUUCAGGGCCUGGGGUUUGGGACCCGCGCGCGGCAGGUCGAGCGUGGCCAGGCCAGACGGCGGCCCCGCUCCCGCACGGGGGCCGUGUGACGGCUUGAAGGUGCUAAUGAGCCUCCGUCCCCUGAAUCGUGUUUCUUCCCGUUGCUCUGUGACGUCUGUGCCCUUGGAAAUAAACGGCUUCCCAGGCCCUGACAGACCCGGUUCUGCCCGAGGGAACCGCGGGAAACGCUGACGGGAGACCCAGGCGCAGCGGGGGCCGGCAGGGCGAGCAGGCUGCUCAGACCCCUGCACGGGCGCCCGGCGGCACAGGUGCCCACAGGUGCGGGGCCGGGCUGUCUGCCCAGGCAGGAGGGCGUUCA